ACAUCUUAAUUAGUAAUAAAGCCUUUCUUCCCUUUGCAUUUAAUAAGGCUCCUUGUAAAGUAGUUAGUAUAGUAAGAUAAAAAUCCUUAAUUCGCUGAUCUUCUUCAGCUAUAAUGGCCAGCACAAAUGACAAAACCCAACACAUAAUCCCACCUCUCAAAACUCACAAACUCUUAUUUGCAACACAAAUCUCUCUCAGGCUUUUGGCCUUCGCUGCAACUCUUGCCGCCACCUCGAUUAUGCUCUCCACUAAGCAAACUGCUCUCGUUUUCGGCAUCCAAUUGGACGCCCGUUAUAGCUAUUCUCCGGCUUUCAAGUUCUUUGCGUUUUCGAAUCUCAUAGUUUGUGUAUUUACGGUUCUAUCUUUGUUCACUGCCUUCAUUCUGGGGAGAAAGACAGUUGAUUCAUCCACAUACUACUUCUACAUGUUCUUGCAUGAUCUGGUCAUGACGAUAUUAUUGAUGGCGGGAUGUGCAGCUGCAACAGCUGUGGGUUACAUAGGGAAAUACGGAAAUAGUCACUCGGGUUGGAUGGCAAUUUGUGGCUAUUUCGCCAAAUUUUGUAACUGGGUCACGGCAGCUUCUAUACUGUCCUAUUUCGGGUUAUUUUUCUAUUUCGUGCUUACCAUUGUCACGGCACACAAGUCUCGCCAAAUCCAAAUCCAAAGCUCAUAAAUCGAACACGAUGUGAUUAUAAUUCGACCUAGCUAGGUUAAUUAUUUUGGUAAAUUUCAAAAGUGUUUGGGGUAAUUAAUCAAAACUUUGGUUAGUUUACUGGAAGAUAUAUAUAUCGUAUAGUUGUUGUGUGAUGUCGCAGUUGUUGGUCUAGACUUGUAUAAUUAUUCAAAGUUUUAUUUUGAUUGGAAUGUAUUGUUUUGUAACUUAUUCUAAAUAUAUUGAUAUGUUAAUCUAUUAAUUGGUCUUCA